AGAAGAGAAGAGGAGGAGAAAAAAGUAGCUGCUCAUUUAAAUACGACCUUAUUUCAUUCUGAAUUACCUAAUGCUCCGUGAUAAACAUACAAAGUUUCAAAAUUCUGACUAUAAGAGGGAUUCGAUCUGGUGAUGUGCUGCUAGGGUUUUAGCGCAAGCCUGCAAGAGUUUUGAGUUGCAAAUCCUUGAGCGGUGAAGCAGGCAGCACAGAGAACUUUCGAAGGAAGCAGAAAAUGGCGACCGCAGUGCAGCAUCCGCGGGUUACAGCGGCCACCAAGACAGAAAAAUACGUUGACACCAAGCGCAGGGACGACAUCCGGCAUGCCAACAUCAUCUCAGCGAAGGCUGUCGCGGACGCGGUUCGAACCUCCCUGGGUCCCAAGGGCAUGGACAAGAUGCUCUGCACCUCCUCAGGCGAUGUGAUCAUCACCAACGACGGCGCCACCAUUCUCAACAAAAUGGAGGUAACUCAGCCAGCCGCUAAAAUGCUUGUAGAGCUUUCGAAAUCGCAGGAUAUUGUUGCUGGUGAUGGCACGACCACGGUCGUUGUCAUCGCCGGUGCCAUUCUCAAACAAUGCGUGAAUUUGCUAUCCAAAGGUGUCCAUCCUACCAUUAUGUCGGAGGCCUUCCACAGGGCCUCUGAAAAAGCCGUCGAGGUUUUGACGGCCAUGGCUAUUCCUGUCGAAUUGACGGACCGUGACUCUUUGGUGAAAAGUGCGAGCACUUCUUUGAACAGUAAGGUUGUCAGCCAGUAUUCUACCCUAUUGGCCCCCCUUGCUGUUGACGCCGUCCUAAACGUCGUCGACCCUGCGAAGCCUGACAUUGUGGAUUUGAGGGACAUCAGAGUUUUGCAAAAAUUGGGCGGGACUGUUGAUGAUACGGAGAUGGUUAAGGGUUUGGUGUUUGAUAAGAAGGCAAGCCAUACGGCCGGUGGGCCUACCAGAAUUGAGAACGCCAAGAUUGGCGUCAUUCAGUUCCAGAUUUCGCCUCCCAAGACAGACAUUGAGCAGAACAUUGUGGUUUCUGAUUAUACGAUGAUGGAUAGGAUUUUGAAGGAGGAGAGGAAUUAUAUUCUGGGGAUGAUAAAGAAGAUCAAGGGCACUGGAUGCAAUGUGCUGUUGAUUCAGAAGAGUAUUCUGCGAGAUGCCGUCACUGAUCUUUCGCUGCAUUACCUGUCCAAGGCAAAGAUUUUGGUGGUCAAGGAUGUGGAAAGGGAUGAAAUCGAGUUCGUUACCAAGACGCUGAAUUGUUUACCCAUUGCCAAUAUUGAACACUUUAGGGAGGAGAAGCUAGGGCAUGCUGAUUUGGUUGAAGAGGUUGCGGCUGGUGAUAGCAGGAUUGUGAAGAUUACAGGGAUCAAGAACAUGGGGCGGACGACCACGGUGGUGGUGCGGGGUUCUAAUCAGCUUGUGCUGGGUGAGGCAGAGAGGAGUCUGCAUGACGCUCUUUGUGUUGUGAGAUGUCUUGUUAACAAGCGUUUCUUGAUAGCUGGAGGUGGUGCUCCUGAAAUUGAAGUCUCGAGGCAACUUGGUGCCUGGGCCAAAACAUUGCAGGGAAUGGAGAGUUACUGCAUUCGUGCUUUUGCUGAGGCCCUUGAGGUUAUUCCUUAUACUUUGGCAGAGAAUGCAGGGUUGAACCCCAUUGCUAUUGUUACAGAGCUUAGGAACCGUCAUGCAAAUGGGGAGGUAAACACAGGUAUCAAUGUUAGGAAGGGUCAAAUAACAAACAUUCUAGAAGAGAAUGUGGUUCAACCACUGCUGGUGAGUACCAGUGCAAUAUCCUUGGCAACAGAAUGUGUGCGGAUGAUUUUAAAAAUUGAUGAUAUCGUGACUGUAAGGUAGAUUCUAGUAAGUUUUAUCGUUGAAACAGUUUGGGAUAGCAGCUUCUGAAAAUUUGAUUUCUAGCGGAAGGUGUUGGUGUUUUGUAUUGUGUUUCUUAUCAGCUGGAAAUUUGUUGUUUUAUACCCAGGACAUAUUAAUUUUACAGUAUAUUUUGGCCCAGAUGAGAUGAUCGUACUAUUUCAAUUUUGUGCUUUAGCUUAUGAAAUUUUUAUGAAGAGUACAUUGUAAGGUUUUA